AUGGCGAUAGCGGCUGAAAAGGGGAAUGAAAAGGAAGUGAAUUUAAAAGAAAACGAGGUGUUGCCACCGACAUUGGCUUUGGUAACUGAAAGAGAAGACUCUGCAGUUAAACUGACUGGACUUCAGACCGAAUAUGCAAGUUAUCUACAUAUGCUUAAAGUGGGUUUGCCACGCAUUGUGGUGGAUCAUAAAUUGCGUGCUGAAAACAAAGAUCCAAAGGUUUUGGACAAACUUCUAGCAAUACAAAAAGGUCAAAAACCAAAGCGUCUUGAACUAUCACUUCUUGAGAAACCAGAAGACGUUAAAGAUAUCGAGCACAUGCAAAAGAUUGAGUCGUUUCUUCGGAUGAUUAAAGUGGGUGUUCCUAGACAUCUUGUUGAAAUGAAAGCACUUAGAGAUGGUGUAAAACCAGCUGAAUUGAAAACUGAGGCCACGAAGUUAGACGAGUUUGUACCAGCGAACAUUGCGACAUUGUCCAGACGCUCUAGCAUCAGCUCAAUCAUCUCUACCGCUCCGUCUACACCUGAUGCUUCAGCAAAACCUUCAUGUUUUUCGACCACUGACCAAAACGUGGUGAAAAAAGGAUUUUGUAAAACAAAGAUAGGAACACGCAAGAGGGUGCAUUGGUCUACAACAAUAUACACGGACUCUGUUUUUCCAUCUGGACAUAAUUCUCUCUGGGAUCAAAUACAUACGAAAGAUUUACAUAAUCGCGUGUGUAUUUCAAGUGAAAGUCGGCAAUGGAUGAACAAACUAUUUGUUAAAGCUGGCACAACUGCAAGUGGCAGUCAACGACAUACACAGAGUGGAAUUAUUGACCAAACGACGACAGAUUCACAUUCAAAAACGACGAAACGAGAUUGUGUAAUUGUCGAUGAUUGGAGCGAUUUGGAACCUGAACCAGAAGUCGAAAUGGAUGAGCUUUCAGCAACGAAACCUAAGUUUCAGCGCAAGCAAUUUGUGAUGCUUCUGGACUUGAAAAAAUCACAAAACAUUGCGAUUGUACUUGCACGUGUGAAACGGACGUUUUUCGAGCUCACACAAGAUAUCUUGACGCUUAAUUGCAAUGCAUUAUCGAGUACUGCUCUUCAAUCUUUAAUUGACAUGUGGCCGGAUUGUACCGAGCAGGAUGCAAUACAUCAAUUUCGUGGCGAUGUAGCGACUCUUGCUACUGCCGAGCGAUUUUUGAUCGUUGCGCUUAAGAUCCCGAGAGCUCAGCAAAAGUUGCGCUGCCUUCAAUACAAACUUGAUUUUGAAUCACGAGUAAAAGAACUUCGCGAGAACUUAAGUUUAUUGAGUCGUGGUAUUGAACAAGUGUGUGCAAGUGAUCGUUUUGCUGGCGUGUUCGAAUAUAUUUUUCAUUUGGGCAACUUGUUGAAUUUUGGUGAAGACGUGGAGUACACAAAAUUUAUCAAGAGCAUCUCGAUCAGUUCGCUGGCAAAACUGUCGUUUACCAAAGCUUAUGAUGGUCAAAUCACAUUUCUGCAGUAUGUCAUUCAGUCAGUCGAACGCGAUGAACCACACCUCGCAUUUUUUAGUGACCAGCUUUCUCUGAUUACCAAGUGUAGCAAGCUAUCAUAUCAAACCCUUCUUGCUGAAUAUCAAGUACUUCAAACUGGUCUUCACCUCUUGAUAAACGAAACACAAACGGCAGCAGUAUAUGAGACAAAUGACGCCAAUUUACGAGCACUUUUGAUGGAAUCACGAGAAAGUAUGAAAUUUUACGUGAUGGAUGUCAAACGAGAGCUUGAAAAUGUGCAAGAAUUCGUAAAUACAUUGGAAAACAAAAGAAAACGGUUCUAUGACUACUUUGAAGAAGUGACUUCGCUACCGAUUGACGAGUUGCUGGGAUGUAUAGCAAACUUUGCGGUAGAAUUUUCACGAGAGCGUCAACAACUCAUUCUUCAAGGUCGACAAGCUCAAAAAGCGACUCAUAAUCGCAUGACAUCAGUCCAUUAUCGUCCUCAAAAGCGUCACAGCUUGUGA